AUGGCUCCCGCGACUCCUGACCUGUCGGCCAAGUACACGCUCCUGCAAUUGAGUGUCAUCUCGUCAAGCAGCAUCUCCAACAGAACAACAUCCCUGAUCGCCCACAUCAAAAACACACCGGCCGACAGCAAACCUGCCAUAGUCGCUCUCCACGCCAAAGCUCCCGUCGCCAACAAGCUCAUCAGCAUUGUCGAGAUCGCAAAGAGAGACCUGAAAGAGAAUGGAUCGAAAGUCUACCAGUACAAUGCCCUCGGCUCCGAAUUGAUCCAGUCCACGCCUACCACCAAGGAUGCGACCAAUCAAGACGACAUGAGUGAUGAAGAGCCCGCUUUCGAGAAGGUUGAGCAGAAGACGGCCGUCAGAAACGUGUCCACAAUGACAACCUACUUGAGUCUGACUCCUAUCAAGGAGCUUAAACAAGCCUAUGGGUAUCCAUAUCUCUGCUCGCCAUCCAUGUUUCAUUUUUGCUGA